CAAUAAGGGGUCAGAUCACAACAACAGCAAACAAGGACAGGCCGAGGGUGUAGCGGGAGCCCAUCGACCGGCCUUGCCUCCGGACACCAGCACAAGGCCCCCUGGGAAAUGUUCCGAGCACUAGCCAGGGCCAGUGUGGCCCUGGGGCCCCAGGCGGCAGGCUGGGUGCGGAACAUGGCCUCCCACCAGCUGCUGGUGGCCCCCCCGAAGGCCCUGCUGAAGCCCCUGUCCAUCCCUAACCGGCUUCUGCUGGGGCCUGGCCCUUCGAACCUGGCUCCACGUAUCCUGGUGGCCGGAGGGCUGCAGAUGAUCGGGCACAUGCACAAGGAGAUGUUCCAGAUAAUGGAUGAGAUCAAGCAAGGCAUCCAGUAUGUGUUCCAGACCAAGAACCCCCUCACACUGGCCAUCAGUGGCUCAGGGCACUGCGCCCUGGAGGCCGCCCUCUUCAACCUCCUGGAGCCAGGGGACUCCUUCCUGGUCGGGGCCAAUGGCAUCUGGGGGCAGCGGGCCGCGGACAUCGGGGAGCGCAUCGGAGCCCAAGUGCACCCGAUGAUCAAGGACCCUGGAGGCCACUACACACUGCAGGAUGUGGAAGAGGGCCUGGCCCGACACAAGCCAGUGUUGCUGUUCCUGACCCAGGGGGAGUCAUCAAGCGGUGUGCUGCAGCCCCUCGACGGUUAUGGGGCGCUCUGCCACAGGUACCAGUGUCUGCUCCUGGUGGACUCGGUGGCAUCCCUGGGUGGAGUCCCCAUCUACAUGGACCAGCAAGGCAUUGACGUCUUGUACUCGGGCUCCCAGAAGGUCCUGAACGCGCCUCCGGGGACUUCACUCAUCUCCUUCAGUGACAAGGCCAAAAAUAAGAUCUACAGUCGGAAGACGAAGCCGGUCUCCUUCUAUCUGGACAUGAAGUGGCUGGCCAACAUCUGGGGCUGCGACGACCAACCCAGGAUAUACCAUCACACCACCCCGGUCAUCAGCCUGUACAGCCUGAGAGAGAGCCUGGCCCUCAUGGCAGAACAGAUGAGGGCGUUUCUCCGUCUCUCACGACCGAGGGAGGCGUCCCACCCUGCCCUCCCCUGUCGCGCCCGCGGGGUGCCCUCUGCCCACCCAGGGCCUGGAGAAGAGCUGGAGGCAGCACCGGGAGGCCACGGCGUACCUGCAGGAGCGCCUGCAGGGGCUGGGCCUGCAGCUCUUCGUGAAGGACCCAGCGAUCCGGCUGCCCACUGUCACCACGGUGGCCGCUCCCACUGGCUACAACUGGAGAGACAUCGUCAACUACGUCAUGGACCAUUUUGACAUUGAGAUCACGGGUGGCCUUGGGCCCUCAGUGGGGAAGGUGCUUCGGAUCGGCCUGCUGGGCUGCAACGCCACCCGGGAGAAUGUGGACCGAGUGAUCCAUGCCCUGCAGGAGGCCCUGCAGCACUGCCCCCAGAAUAAGCUGUGAUUGGCAGCCUGUGGCCCACCCUCCUGGAGGGGCCCGGACGGGGACCAGGAGCAAACAGACUCUGCUGGACAGUUGGGCCCCAGGGGGCGAGGCAUGCAGGAGGGGCAGGACCGGGCAGCUGCCCCAGCCCCAGGACGUCCUUCUCUUUGAGAGGCACCGCCCAGAGAUGGACCGUGUGGGCUCAGGACCCAUGGCACCUCCCCAGUGAGCCACAGCCCCUGCAGGUCCCUGGCCUGCCCCGAAUACUCAAUAAAGAGUCAUUGGUCAU